GGAAGAGGGAGGGGGAUAUAAAAGCUAAAGCAGGAAGAUUGCCGGUUCAGUCCUCUGAUGGAGAUUAACUGUGCAUCUUGUUAUUUGAAACGAUAGUGUUACUCACGAUGGAGGAAGUUCUGGAAAAUGUAGUGGCCUUGGUGAAGCAGCACCCAGAUGGGAUACCGCUCCAAAAGCUAGCUGUAUUUUACAGCCAGACAUACCAUAAGAACUUGAUCUUAUCCUCUCUGGGCUUUGACUCCACAGCCAGCCUGGUAGAGUUUCUGAAAAAGGAUCUGGUUGUGGAGGGGGCACAAGUGUUUCACAGGGGUGAUCGCACUAAAAGUAAGGCUGCAGCUGCUGCUGCUGCUGGAAAUGGGGCAUCAGCAAAAGCUCCAAAGGCCAAACAAAACACCAAGACUGUUCUGAAUAAUAUUGUAGCCAUGAUGAAGGACCAUCCAGAUGGUGUUCCUCUGAAGAUGGUAUCUACUGCCUACAGCCAGAAGUACCACUACAACCUAACACUGGCAUCUUUGGGUUUUAAAACAAUUUCCUGUCUGGUAGAAUCUUUGGACAAAGACCUGGUUGUGGAAGGAGACAUGGUUUUCCAUAAGAUUCACCAACCUAAAAAUCUGCCUCGAACUGAGACAUUAUCAAACGUCAAAGAGAACAGCAGGCCGGCAACACCGCAGACACCAGGAUCCCGCACCAGCAGCCCUGCUCCUUUUGUGAAUGUGACACCACGAGACGUCACCCCUCACGUCGUGCCUGACACUCAAGCAAGAAUGAACCUUGUAGGCUCCUCUUUGUUUCCCACUGCCUCUUUAUUCUCCAGUCCUUAUCUUGCGGUUAACCCAGUCUUUGCUGCGCCUCAGCUAGCCGAGGAAUUGACUCAAGAGCAGCUGUACCUGAGAGUUUUAGAGGUCAUGAAGAUGAACCAGCUCACUAAUCCAUCAAUGGACCAGCUUCAAACCUGCUACUUUCAGCGUUAUGGUAAACAGCUUCCUCUGACACAGUACAUGUCUUUGUAUGACAACUGGCAAGCUAAGAAGAUGCCAGCUGACUCUGAACCAACAGCAGACGUCAAGACAGCACCAGCAACACAGAAUCUUACAAGAGAGCCUGAAAAAGAGCAGGAGCCGGUCCCUGGGCCCAGCUUUCUCUCUGGCUCUAACUUUCCUGAACUGGGGGCGCAUGCAAGCUUGACCAAAGAGCAAAAGAGCAAAUUGAGGGAUUCCAACCAGAGAGAAGCUAACGCCCCUGUCUUCAGAGAGGCUUAUCACGCCCAGCUGAGAGAGAUCCACGGAGGUAAUAUGCGGGCUGUGGAGGCAAUGGAGAGAGAUGAGGACGAGCUCCAAGGAAAGCGGAGGCAUAGGGCCGUGGAUCAGGACACCGUCAACAGUCUUGUUGAGAGUGUGAUACGAGAAAUUUCUGCUGAUGGAGAGCUGGUCACUAAAGAAAAGGUGAUAUCCCGGGUGUGCAUUCUGAUUCCAUCUUUGGACCCAGCAAAGAUAAAUUACUGGAAAAUUCCAGCUCUUAAAGACCUUCAGUACAUCUUGAGAGAAGUCAACAUGUUCAUAGAGUCUACUGAGGCAGUGAAAUCCAUCUGUACCCUGUAUGAGCUGGGUCAGUCACUGGCUGGUCUGAAGGACAAGAAGCGCUAUGAAGAGCUCAACCUGGGGCCUCUCUGCAAACUCCCUCUCAUCCACCGCAUGUUCAAGAUUGACAGCAACACUAAGGAUGAUGACAUCCACCAGAUUGAGACCGUAGACAUCUUAAAACAACUUCGGAAUUUUAGGAGGAAGCAAAGCAAGAUAAAAGUAGACCUAGCGGAGUUUAUGAAGUAUCUGGCUGACCAGUACAACUGUGAAUCUCCCUACGAGUUGGGUAUCAGGAUACAUAGCGUUGGGCUGCCCAUAUCGACACUAAUGAAGGUGAGCCGUAAUGAGCACGCCGUCUUGGAGAAUGCCAGGGAGGCCAUCCAGAGAGAGCUGGAAGAAGAUAUCCAAGAGCGGCUGAGAAAGAUCAAAAAGAAUGUUUUUGAGACGUUGCAAGGUGCGGGUUCCUUCUCCUCAGCGGGCAGUCUGGAUCUCAGGAAAAAGUACGCCUCCCUGCCAGCGGCCGAGGUUGUUUUGACAGUCUUCGAAAACGCAGAGGGGGUGUUCAACCCCAGGAUGAUCAAGCACAUCCAGAGCUUCCUGCUGCAGGUGUCAAAUGACCGACUGGCAAGGGCUCUGUUUCAACUAGCCAUCUGUGGAGGCUCACUGGCUGUUCCACAGGACCUGGUCCCCAAAGACAAGGCAUCCAAGAGCUCAGAACGAACUAAAACUGAGGACAUAACCACCACACCCAUCCCCAGCGAAGCCUCAGUGAAACAGUAUGUGAAAGACAACCUUGGUGCUCUGAACUCAGCCGUCACUUUGGCCCAACUUGCAUCUCUGGAGAAGAAGUUGACCAAACACUUCCAUGCGAAAGAUUUCCUGUCUUUAGGGCAAGGUAACUUCCUGGAGUUCCUGGUGAAACACAUUCAGUUGCUGCUGGAUACACUGGGGUCCACUCUCAUUUUAAGCAGUAACAACAUGGGACAUGAUGGCAGCGGUUUCAGACCCAACAAACAGGAUGUGUUUGAGUUCAUCAAACAGUGUGGUGACAUAACCUCUGUCAAUCCAGAUGAACUCUCUCACAUUGAAUCGGCAAUCAGGUCUCACUACAAAGUGAAGAACAGUCGUGAAUUAGGCCACGGCACCCUGCACAUGCUAGCUGGACUGGUCCAACGCCAAAGAGGCCUGGGUGGAGGAGGACUGAGCAUGGUCUACUAUGAGUCAGCUGUGUUUGCCAAACACAAUGAGUCAAGCAGUGCUGAAAGUGGAUCAGAGUCUGUGGGACGUCUCGGUGACAUGUCCAAGGCCGAGGCGCUGGCUUGCUUGCUCUCCUGCCCUUUGCUGGAGGAUUUAAGCGACUGGAGCCAGUGGGAGCUGAUCUUUAAACCUCUUCAUGGCUCCCUUAAAUAUUUCAUUGAAACAAAUGCAGGUAACACAGGCCUGGCAGCGUUGGAGGUGACACCAGGUUUGCUGCUUAGGAUCACCACAGACACUGGAGACAAGCACUUCUCUAGGGCUGCCAAGGCUCUUGACCCCGUUGGCACAGCUGGCCACCUGGUGUCCAUGGUAGUGGCUGAUGGGAUCGUCAAUACUCCCACAGCACUCCUGGCCAAUCACAUGCAGAGCUCUCUGGCUGAAGCUGUGGCUCAAGAAGAUUUGUCCCAGGCUGAAGACGAUGUGUCAUGUUACAGCAGAGUGGCAGAGUUCCUCCUGGCAUGUUUGACACGAAUCCCCAACAGAACCGGUCUGGCUCUCUCACAGCAGGUGUUCUUGGAGCCAUUCUCCCGUGUCUUGGGCCAGGCCAAGUCUAAAGAGGUCCUGAUCACUGUGGCUCAAUCUGACCCCAAGCACAUGAGCUGCCUGCAUCGUCUGGGCAUCCUCUUGGGCAUCACAGACUGGAUCAAAGACUACCGGAAAAAGCUGAACCCAUCGACAACAUAUAACACAUACACAGCACCUGUGUAUAAGGCCAAGUCAAACUUGAUAGAUUCUGAGAGCAGCAGUCUGUCAGCUCUGAAUAUGAGUGAAGACGAGUAUCCAGAGGAUAACUUCAUGGACAACAGCUUCGCUUCUUCCCAGCUCAACCAGAGCCACCAACAAGUCAAUGGUGAGCAAGAUGUCGAGACAGAGGAGAAAGAGGAUGACGAGGAGCUGUUUGAGUUGGCCUCAUUUCCUAAUGGAGAGACAUCAGACAUCAGCAGUGAAGCUGAAGGAGGACAGGUUGAGGAACUCCUCGAAAAGUCUGAUAGUGACGAAAAGGAUGCUGCCAGCUGCCACUCAGAAGCCACAGUCCAUUUCCAAAAAGCCUUAAUCGAAGACAUCAGGAAAAGCGAGUUUGGCAUUGGAGUGGAAUUAAGUGCUGAAGCCCAGAAGCUCAUGAAGGUCCACCAGGAGAGGCUGAAGCGCAGCCUGGAGCGACUGUCCACUGAACUCUACAGCAAAGAGACACACUUUGUUCUGGAACUCAUUCAGAAUGCUGAUGAUAACAGUUAUCCAUUGGAGUCUGUUCCAGCGCUGGCAUUUGUGGUGGAGAAAGAUUGCAUCACCAUACUCAACAAUGAGACCGGCUUCCAGGAGAAGAACAUCAAGGCCAUCUGUGAUGUGGGCUGCAGCACUAAGGGCAAACACAAAUACGGAUACAUCGGACAAAAGGGAAUUGGCUUCAAGUCUGUGUUUAAGGUCACAGACUGUCCUGAGAUUCACUCCAACGGCUUCCACUUUCGCUUUGACAAGACCUCCCACCCGAUGGGAUACAUCCUCCCGCACUGGACUGAAGAUGAGAGGCCCCUGGACGUGCAGAAAGACAUAAAUCAGCACAGGUGGACCACCAAAAUCAGCCUUCCUCUGCGUUCUGAGAGCCACCAAACCAGAAACCUCUUCCAUGACGUGCACCCGUCUCUGCUGCUCUUUCUCCACCGCCUGCGCUCCAUCACCAUCUACAAUCAGAGCGAGAAACGUCUCGUGACUAUGACUCGUAAAGACCUGAGUCACAAUUUGCUGGAGGUGGAGCACACAGACGGCACAGAGCGCUGGCUAGUGGUCAAAACCACACUGCAGCCCAAGAAGAUCAAAGAGGACGUGGAGUCGACCGAGAUCGCGCUGGCUUUCCAGCUCGGUAGUGACCUUGCAGGAAGUGACAUUGCCUGCCAGCCUCAGAAGCAACCCGUGUUUGCCUACCUGCCCCUUCGCAGUUUUGGUUUUCGUUUCAUCAUCCAAGGCGACUUUGACAUUCCUUCUUCUCGUGAAGACGUCGACAGAGACAGCCCCUGGAACCAGUGGCUACGAUCUGAAAUACCACAGCUCUUCCUGCAGGCCAUGGAUGUUUUCUCUGAUCAUCCUGUAUUCAGGGGCCUGAAGGGCCUUUGUCAGUUCUUGCAGUUUAUCCCGUUACCUGACGAGGUGUUGGAUUUCUUCAAGCCUGUUGCUGGGCAGAUCAUUCAGCUGCUCAAGGGCAAGCCCUUCCUGCCUACACUCAGCUCAGAUGGUAAAGUUGUGUACAAGCUGCCGUCCCAAGUGGCCGUCUGUCAGGACGCUGUGAUCCGUGACGUGAUUGGAGGGGAUGAGCUGGAAAGGCAUCUUUCUCUCUCCUAUCUCCACCCCGGUCUAAGCCCCGCUCCCCCAACCACCCUGCUCACUCACCUGGGAGUCCGACACCUGCAGGGAUCAGAUGUUACCACGGUAACCACAGCCAUGGCCAAGGAGCUGAUGAAAGCAGAAGGAAUCCAGUCAGACGGAGACCUGCGUCAACUAGCCAAGCUUUUGGUUUGCAACUUCCGAGCUCUGGAGCAUGGCUUCGGGGAGGCAGAUUCCAUCUUGCAAACCCUCCGCGAUCUACCCAUAAUUCCUCUGGCAGACGGACGUGUCGUAGCGCUAAGUGGAGAUGGAGUGUUCUUUCCUAUGGAAGAAACCAGAUCCAAGAAAAAGAAAGCUCAAGCUCAGACAGGACCACUGUCUGCUUUGUACAGGGACGUGAGUGUGGUUCACCCCUCUCUGCUGAACUGUUUGGAGCCCCUGGAAAGUCAGCAAGUUCGUGAGCUGCUCAGAAGACUUGGGGUUCAUGAACUGGAGCCUCAGGAGUUGCUGGAGCAGCACAUCUACCCUUCAAUACGGAACAACAAAUGGAAGUCGAAGCCUGAGGAGGUGGUGGUGAGCUACUUGGUUUUCAUCAAGCAGCACUCCUCCUCCAGCCAGGAGUAUUCAGAUGCUACAAUACCCGUCCUCACCUGCAGGGGGCUACUGUGUCCAUCCACUGAGAGGGUGCACUUCUCUGAAGAGUAUGGCAACAUCAACCUGCCAAAGAAACUGCCUGGCUAUGACUGGAUCUUGCUGAGCCCCUGCUAUGUGCAGACAGACAACGAUGUAGGAGGAUGGAGGGAGCUGUUCAGCAGACUGGGAGUCAGAGACGGCCUUAUCAUUCGUAAAGAAAGACAAACACUCACUGCCGCAGAACUGGCUUCCAGUCCCUGGUCUGUUGAAAGUACAAACUGGCACCAAAGUCCAGGGGAGAGCUGUGUGGUUGAUGACUACCCCUGUGAGGAGUUUCACGCCCUGGCCACAGCACAGCUGCCUGGCUCUGUCCUCCUGCAGCAGAGAGAGGCUUUGCUGGAGAUGCUGGAGACCAACUGGGAAAAAGGACAUCUCUACUCUCAGUACCUCACAGCCCAGGUGAUCAACAGCGAUGGACAAUCAAUCAAAACCAAGUCCUCCUUCUACCACUUCUUGUGUCGUCUUGAAUGGGUGCCAGCCUAUCGCCCACAGGAAGGAGAACAGCUUGAGAGAAAGUACCUCUGUCCAAGCUCAGUCUAUCUGAAGUCACCUGAGGUCACAGAGCUGCUGGGGACUCACGUCUAUUAUGUGGACAUGGACUCCAGCGAGUUCAGCAGAGCUCUGGCAAUGAGAGAAACGAUCUCAGACGACGUCCUGAUUCACUACCUGAAGGAGUGGUGCGUCAAACCAUCAGAUGACCAGGAGCAGAGAGUGCCUGAGGACGAGUCAGAAGGGGCAACGUUCACGUCCACUGUGGAGCACAUCCACAGUGUCUACAACUAUCUGCACACAAACUGCUCCCAGGGCAGCCUCAAGGAGCUGUUCCAGCAUUACCCUGCUGUCUUUGUGUUUGAGCAGGGCAGGGACAAUAACUGGUGUUCAGGACGCUUCCACCACCUGAAAGACGUGUGCUGGAGUGACACAACAGGCAUGUUCCAGCGCUACAGAUGGCAGACUCGCAAACCAAACAGUCCCGUCCAGGACCCCAAAGUCCUAGCUCCUUUCUACAAGAACCUGUGGGAGUUCUUCCUCAAGAUGCUGAAUGUGGACCGCAGCCCCAAUAUGAAACAGUACGUUGGUCUGUUGGAACUGAUCAGCUCAUCGUCUCCCAUACCAACUCCUGAAGUGCUAAAGGAUGUGUCAGUACUCUUUGCCACACUCGCGUGUAAGUGUAAGCUUCCAACAUCUGGAGACCACGAAUUUGUCCCGCAGCCCAACCUCAAUCGUGAUUACUGCUCCACUUUGAAAGGUAUGGUGUCUGAUAAGAGGGUCUUCCCCACUAAGGAUAACAACUGGGUGAGUCUGGCAAGUAAGCCCAUGAUUGCUGACAGCAAAGAGCUGGAGAAGAUCUUUAAACCUCACAAGCAGGUGUGUCUGCUCAACCUGCCGCCAGCAGAGAAGACGACUGCUCCCAGGGGCAAGACUGGGAACUAUGGUCAUGGAGAACAAGCUACAGUAUUCACCUUCAACGAGAAGGACAGAUUGUUGUUUCUGGAUAUCUGUGGGGUCCGAAAACUUUCCCAGUGUGUCAAGUUUGAGUCUCAGACCGAGAGCUGGAGGCCAUGUCCAUCUAUGCAGGCCAUGGUGCGCACAGUCAUCCCCUACAUCCAGAGGUUCCUCUACCACAACGAAGAGAUGAGUGAGGUCUAUUCAGAACUCAUCAACAGCAACAUAGCUGACAAGAUCAAGCACCUUUCCUUUGGACAGGUGGGCAAGCUGUACAUUCGCUACGAGCUGGAUAUCGCUGACGCAGACCCUGUGAUAGAGCUGCAGGAUGUCAUCUGUCUGCUGGACAACAAGGGGCUCUACAUCCAGAAGGAUCAUCUCUUAGCCCACCUGGACAUAUGCAGGGAGCUGGAGAAACUGUUCUGUACAGAGAGUAAAAGUGAAGUAAAGGAGCUGAGGCAUUUCCUGAGUGGCCUCAUAACCUCUCUCUAUGACCCACGAGCCCUGCAGAGGUUCUUGAAGAAAGAGGAUGUCAAAGAGCUGCCAAGUGAGGAGGAGCGGUGGGAAGUCCCAGAGCCUCCCAAUCCAGAGAUUACCCUGGACAGAGUGCUAUCAAGGAGCCACUCCUCCAUCAGCUCCCCAGAGGAGCCGCCUCGUCCUGCACAAGACGACGGGGAACCAACGCUGGCUUGCUGGCCUCCUCGGGCCUCCAUCCUUAACACAGGAAACAGCCGUGCAGGUCAGGCCGGCAGCGGUGUGGUGGAAGCUGUCAUGAAGAUGUGGCCUCCUCCAGCUGGACCUAAAGACCGAGACGCAGAGAAAGAAGUCCCCCCCAGAGGAAGCAGCCAAGAAGGAAACCAGCCAGUGAGGAGCAGCAGACCUGCAGACCAACAAGGCCUUCACAGAGUCCUCAGCCAUCCAGCGCCACAGCAGCCUCAGUCUGACUCCACUAACCUUCCACGUCCUCCAGAGCGCAGUCAGCAGAGUGAGGCCCCCGGUGGAGCUGAUGGUGGACAGGAAAGCCUCGCAGCCCCCACACCAGCACAGAGCCCUCCAUCUGCGCAGCCUGCCGAGGCACCCAGCGACCAGCCGCCUCCAAACAACCUCGCCGUCCCUGAGGCUGUGGUGCUCUCCAGUACUUUCCAGGGGACCGCAGCCGCUGCAGACACCCAGCGUCCUCCUCUGAACCUGGACUUCCCUCUCUGGAACAAAUGCCAGCACCCACAAGCCAUGCUGGAGGACAUUGAGCUCACCUGCCAGAGACCCACCACCGUGGUGUUAUCCGACGACAACAUGGAUGUGGCGGCUAUCGGCGAGUGGGGGGAGCAGCUGGUCAACUCCUUCCUGUGCCACUGGAGAGACAGCAGCGACCCCGGGCGACCCACUCAGGUCCUGUGGUGCAACCAGAGCGGGGAGACGGGCCAGCCCUACGACUUCAGACUGACCUUCGGGCCAGCAGGGGUGGUGUACGUGGAGGUGAAGUCCACCAUAAAGAAAGAGAAGUCCUUCAUCCACCUCUCCGCCAACGAGCUCGACUUUGCACUGAAGGAGAAGGAGCGUUACCACAUUUUCAGAGUGUACAGCGCAGGAGACGCUCACAACGUCCGGCUGUGUCGCAUUCAGAACCUGGCACAGCAUCUCCACACCAAAGACUUGGCACUUUACCUGUUUGUGUAGCUCCUUUUAAAGUCUCUCUAGAUAGUUGCACUAAACCCAUUGCCUAAACGUGUUUUUAUGCCUUUUAAAUAUCGUCGUUUUACCUGUGCGUGAGCAAAUUUUGCACCUUCUUUUCUCAUUGUCAACUGUUGUGCACUGUAUUCAAAGUGGUCGGUGGCCAUAUUGAACGAUUUUAACCUUUUGUAUUCCCACUACCUCUCCUUUACUCGAGCAUUCCUGUAAAAUAAAUACAUUUUCUCUGCUAGAAAGA